AUGUCGCAAAAAAAGCCCGCCGCUGAUGACCCUGAACAGGGUGAGCCCACCUAUAACAUCUCAUUGGGCGAGGAGUAUAUGCUAAAUGAGAUUGAAAAGAAUUUCAUAUUAGCUGCUGAACGUGGUGACAUACAGGGUGUGAAGAAAAUUAUCGAAGACAACAAGGAUCAACCGGAUAAAUUUAAUUUAAAUUGUGUCGAUCCGCUCAAUCGGUCUGCACUCAUUUCCGCCAUUGAGAAUGAAAAUUUCGAUUUAAUCGUUGUGCUGCUGGAGUGUGGCAUCGAAGUGGGCGAUGCGCUAUUGCAUGCCAUAUCGGAAGAGUAUGUUGAAGCGGUGGAAGAAUUACUGCAAUGGGAAGAGACGCAUCACAAAGAGGGGCAACCCUAUAGCUGGGAAGCUGUUGACCGUUCUAAGUCGACAUUUACACCGGAUAUCACGCCACUAAUAUUGGCAGCGCAUCGCAACAAUUACGAAAUACUCAAAAUCCUAUUGGAUCGUGGUGCUACGUUGCCCAUGCCGCAUGACGUAAAAUGCGGUUGCGAUGAAUGUGUCACCUCACAAGAAACCGAUUCGCUGCGACAUUCACAAUCGCGUAUCAACGCUUACCGCGCACUUUCCGCCAGCUCCUUAAUAGCGCUUAGCUCGCGCGAUCCCGUCUUGACGGCCUUUGAACUCUCGUGGGAAUUAAAGCGCCUACAGGCGAUGGAAUCUGAAUUCAGAGCGGAAUAUACGGAAAUGCGUGUGGGUGUGCAAGAGUUUGUCUCAUCUCUAUUGGAUCACGCGCGCACUUCAACCGAACUGGAGGUAAUGCUGAACUUCAAUCACGAGCCCACAACUGAUAUUUGGAUGCCAGGACAGCGACAAACUUUGGAGCGUCUCAAAUUGGCCAUACGCUAUAAGCAGAAAGCGUUUGUGGCGCAUCCGAAUGUGCAACAACUGCUGGCGGCCAUUUGGUAUGAGGGACUGCCCGGUUUUAGGCGCAAACAAGCCUCACAGCAGAUCAUAGAAGUGGUGAAGCUCGGCUGCAUGUUUCCCAUUAACAGUAUGAACUAUUUGCUGGCGCCAGACUCUGAUGCGGGCAAAUUCAUGAGAAAGCCAUUUGUGAAAUUCAUAUCACACUCCUGCUCGUAUAUGUUCUUUUUGAUGCUUUUGGGCGCGGCUUCAUUGCGUGUGGUUGAUCUUGCCUUCGAGCUUUUGGGAUUCCCUUGGAUGUUAGCCAUGCUGGAAGAUUGGCGAAAGCAUGAGCGUGGUUCGCUGCCGGGUCCCAUUGAGUUGGGUAUUAUCACCUAUAUUGCCAGUCUAAUCUUCGGUGAACUGAAAUCUCUUUAUUCCGAUGGCUUAUUCGAGUAUAUUAUGGAUCUUUGGAAUAUUGUCGACUUCAUAUCAAAUAUGUUUUAUGUCACGUGGAUAUUGUGUAGAGCGACGGCGUGGAUUAUAGUGCACCGUGAUUUAUGGUACCGCGGCAUUGAUCCCUACUUCCCCCGCGAACACUGGCAUCCUUUCGAUCCCAUGUUGCUAUCCGAAGGUGCGUUUGCUGCCGCCAUGGUCUUCUCCUACUUGAAAUUGGUCCAUAUCUUCUCCAUUAAUCCACAUUUGGGACCCUUGCAAGUUUCGUUGGGCCGCAUGAUAAUCGACAUCAUAAAAUUCUUCUUUAUCUACACUUUGGUUUUGUUUGCCUUCGGCUGUGGACUGAACCAGCUGCUGUGGUACUAUGCGGAAUUAGAGAAGAAUAAAUGUUAUCAUUUGCAUCCGGAUGUGGCGGAUUUCGAUGAUCAGGAAAAGGCUUGCACCAUUUGGCGACGUUUUUCGAAUCUCUUCGAAACCUCACAAUCACUCUUUUGGGCUUCCUUCGGCUUAGUCGAUUUGGUAUCAUUCGAUUUAGCUGGCAUUAAAAGCUUCACACGCUUCUGGGCUUUACUCAUGUUCGGCUCAUACUCGGUGAUCAAUAUCAUUGUGCUGCUCAACAUGCUCAUCGCCAUGAUGUCCAAUUCAUAUCAAAUAAUUUCGGAACGCGCAGAUGUUGAAUGGAAAUUCGCACGCUCUCAGCUUUGGAUGAGCUAUUUCGAGGAUGGUGGCACCGUACCGCCACCAUUUAAUAUAAUGCCAUCAGUAAAGUUGCUGCGUAAAACACUGGGCAAGGAGGCACCAAAGCGCACUAAGAGUUUUAUGCGUAAAACUAAAGAGCGCGCACAAUCGUUACACGACAAAGUCAUGAAGCUGCUAAUACGGCGUUUUGUCACCGCAGAGCAGCGAAAACGCGACGACUAUGGCAUAACCGAGGAUGAUAUCAUUGAAGUGCGUCAGGAUAUUAGCUCUUUGCGUUUCGAACUGCUGGACAUUUUCCAAACCAAUCGCUUCAAUGUGCCCGAUAUUGAGAAGAAAACAGCAGCUGCGGCGGCCGGCACGAAGAAGGGUAAGGUAAUGGAACGACGUAUACUUAAAGAUUUCCAAAUCGGUUUUGUUGAGAAUCUGCAACACGAAAUGACCGUAGGAGAUGAGGGUAGCAAGGAUAUCUUCUCAUCGUUGGCGCGAGUAAUUGGCAAGAAGAAGUCGCUGAAGUCGGGUGACAAGGAUUGGAAUGCCAUUGCACGCCAAAAUACAAUGACUGCAGAUCCGAUUGGCUCGAAGCGUUCGUCCAUACAGCGACACAGUCAACGCAGUCUGCGGCGCAGGAUUAUCGAUCAGGCGAACGAAGGUCUCAAGAUGAAUCAAAAUCAGCUAAUUGAAUAUAAUCCCAAUCUCGGAGAAGUAACUCGUGCCACACGUGUUGCUUAUGUCAAGUUCAUGAAGAAGAAGAUGGCUGCUGAUGAAGAAGGUGCCGCGAACGCCCCUGCAGAUGCUGAAUCCGUAACAAGCGCCACCGUUAAGGAUGAAAAAGCUGCAGGCUCAAAGAAGGUCAAGUCUGAUGAACAGAAAGCCGCUAGCGAUGAAAAAGCUGAUGCCGUUUCCAAAACUUCAACUUCCAAAGAUGGCAAGCCGGGCGAUGGCAAACCGGCCGCACCAGCACCGCCUGGAAAGCCCGCAGCUGGCGCUAAACCAACCGAUGCUGCAAAGAAAGACGAUGUGGGCAAGCCUGCUGCCGGCGCUGCGCCAAAACCAGCGCCAACUGCUGCCAAACCUGAUGCGACUACAAAGAAGGAUGAAGCCGCUAAGCCCGCAGGUGCGCCGGCUGCUGGCGCCGCUAAACCAGGUGAUGCAGCAGCCGCUAAGCCAGCUGUUGCCAAACCCGGCGAAUCUACAAAGCCUGAAGCUGCCACAAAGAAGGAGGAUGCGGGAAAAACUGAAGCUGCUAAGCCCGGCGCUGCAGCUGGCGCUGGUGCGACCGCUGCCGCCGCCAAAGGUACUGCACCAGCUGCGCCAGCGGGUGCUAAACCAGAUGCGCCAGCUGCUGGUGGUGCCAAACCAGCAGAUGCAGGACCGGCGACUACGAAGGCUGCAGGUGAUGCUGCCGGUGGUAGUGGUGCUGGUGCUGCAGGUGGUGCGGGAGCAACUGCAAAAACGGACGACAAAAAGGCUGAUGAGAAGAAGGGUGACGAAAAGAAGCCGGAUGACAAGAAGCCGGACGACAAGAAAGCAGCAGCGCCUGCAGCCGCCAAGCCGGUUAUUAAGGUGGGUCAAAGCAGUGCGGCAGCUGGCGGUGAACGUGGCAAAUCGACGGUCACAGGUCGUAUGAUAUCUGGUUGGCUAUAAGAUGGGAAUUUAUAUGUGUAUCUAGGAGCCAACGAUCUACAUAAGUAUUUUCAAAACAAACACACUUACAUACUGAGCUUUGUAUGAGACAAAUAAAUUUAUAUUAAAUUGAAGUCAUUUUAAGUGAAAUAAAUAAAA